ACUUGUUAACUCAUCUCAGUAUUUAUCUGCUUAAAUAUGGAACCUUUCCUCUAAAGUCAGUGAAAGCAAACACUCCUACGUGAGAGCAUCGAGCCCUGCAGAGGGCAUUGCAUGUGUGAAGGCUCAAACUGCAUCAUCCAAAAAGAGAGAGAAGUUCAUGCUGAGGCUACACAUGGCGAAUGUAGAUCAACUGAGUAAGAGAGUGCAAAAUGAAGAGGCUUUGCUGUAGCUGCUCUUCCCCGUUCUGUCAAAGUUGAGGUUAGCUCAGAGAAAUGUUUUACCCUCAGAACAGACACCACUUUUCCGGUUCCAACCUCAAGCUCAGGCUGAUUAAUGCAAAAGAUAUCAAGAGCAGAAAAUUCACUUUAAAACAUGCACAGACGAGAGCGAAAGACACAGAGAAAAAGAGACUGAGGGAGUUACUGAGCUAAACGGGAAGUAUGUCAGAGAGGCACUGAGUGAGCCACCUGUAAACUGCACACACACUGUGUUCAGUGGCAGCAGUGAACUGUUAGAGAGGACGAGGAACAGGCUAUAACUUUGUAGGUUCCUGAUGGCGUCUGGUCCUGGCAGCGGAGCGGAGGAACAGCCACCAGCGCUGCCUGUCAAACAGCACAGGAGUCUUUCCUCCAGAUGCUCCAGUAUGGAGUCUGACUGUGUGAUGCUCAGCAGCCCUGUCGGACUACAGCAUCCAAACUACGUACACAACGACGUCUUCGAACCCACUGAUUGUCACGCAGCCCAGUGCCCCAUACACCAGCGCUACGAUCCCUCCCGACACAAGGUAAGAUUUUUCUCCGAUGAUACCCCGCCCCCUGUUCCAAAGAAGAGGUUAGUUCGCACCCUCUCCCUCCCUGGCACCAAUGUGCCCCAUCUCUCUCCCCUGUCUCCACUCCAAAGACACCCUCAAAACUUUGACAACCCCCUGUACAUGCUGGCACCCAUACCCGACACCUGCUUCCAAGAGGAGACAGAAGAGUUUAAACCAGUCAGCGGGAGCUCCGUCCCCUUACUGUCCUUCUCCCAGCUGACCUUUGACACCCCAGACGAACAUCUGCCCUACCUCUUCAGCAGAUUUGACGACCAGAGGGUUGUUUCUCAGGGGAUCCAGCAUCGACAUCUACUCUUUCUGAGGAGCAUGGCGCUGAGCGUGGAGGCUGGGAUCCUGCUGCAGGGAGAGGCCACGGAGAGGGACGUCAGCUCAUACCAGCCUCAGGAUUUCCUGCUCUUUGAGGGCAGCGAGCCAAAGCAGGUCGGAGACACGGUUUACUACAGCGUGCACAGCCCCAAGCUCCCAGGGAGGAUGCUUGGUUUAAGGGUACACAAACAGACUGACGGAACUUCCUCAGCUCACACCAAACACCAGCCAUCACAUGUCAAUGUGCAACAUGUUAUUGCUCAUUUCCAAGGAAGCAACACCCUGAGAGAUGACUCAAGCAUAUUGCACACUCAAGACUGCACUGCUGCUAAACCACCAGGAGGAGGCAGCACUGAGUUCACCACAGCUCAUAUGAACAUGAAUCUGUUCUCAGUUCAGUCUUUCCUCCAGAGGGGACUUUCAGCGAGUGUUGAGAGAGACCUGCCACACGCCACCCUAGAGGACUUUGUCCAGGAGAGCAUCUCGCUGCAGAGCACAGAUUGUCUGGAUUAUGACAGACAGGUGUGUGCUCUGUUGCUGCAGAUAUUAACAGGUUCACAACAUCUGUACAACAUCAGUGCCACUGCAGCUGAGCUCAGACCUCUGGGGAUCUUUUUAGUGUGGCCCAACAAGGAGAAUGAAGAAAACAAGCUAGAACAUGAUGCUUGUGAAACAAACACCAGCAGAUGGAAAGAAGAAAUGGAAUGGGAAAAGACAGAGAGAAAAGGACAGAUCCAGAUGUUAUGGAGGACACACGGUUCCCCUCGUGUGGUGUUAACCCCGCUAUCAUGUGCUCUGUCUGUACAUCACCCCCUCACAUACAUCAAAUCCCAGAUUGGAGCCCUAAUUCAAUACUGCCUCCACUCACAAGAGAGUGUGACACCUCUGGGCUCCAAGUCCUCAUACCGAAGGGGGCUUCUCUAUCUGGCUUCUGCGCUGCAGACUGAGAGCAACGGGCCACAGAUGACCGACAUGGUGGCCAUGCUCCAGGUGUUCCUCUUUGGGCCACGUUUCCCACUCUUCAAUCACAGAGGCUCGAUGACCACCGCUGUGCACAACUGGCUGACAGUGAAGCGAGCCCUGCUGGUGAUGAAGCUGGCAGAGAGAGGGCUGAUCCAGGAUCAGUCUGCUCUCGAUUGGGAGGACUGCAUGGGCCUGCAAUACCUGUCGUUUACAGACCCUGAGACAGUUGUGAGCAUGAGCAGUCAGCUAUGGCUCGCUCUCAAUAUGGACAGUCCAUCUUGAAGUAAAAAGUUAACUGUCGGUCUGUAUUAUGGUCAAAAAUACACUAAAGCUGUGUUUCCACCAAAAGUUCCCGGAACAAAAAGGUUCCUUCAGCCCACUGUUGUGUGCGUUUCCACCACGGUCUGAAGACCUGCGAAGUUUAGGUAAAUUAGUCUUGUAUCUUAUAUAUGAAAAAGCAACAUGACAUGUGACGAGGACUGCUGGUGAUCACAGCAGUAAACACAGUCUGCAGCCCGCAGUUCAGUGUGUCUGUUUUAUCUAAAAAACACGUUGGAAAAAAAUAAACGUUAGGUUUCGUCUCACUGCGACGUCGAUAUUUACUACUGCAUAUUUACUGAUAUGAUUCUCGUUGGAUAUAAUGAAUGGAACACAGUGGAGAAAAAUUAAACUAAGAGCGUCUGUCUCCACAGUAAAUCAUUUGUUGAGUGUUUGAUUGUAUUUAUUUGUACUUUAUAAUGUAACCGCCGUGAAACAAUCAGAAAUAACUUUUCUUUCUCUCAUUCACAGCACCACCGUGCUACGUGUCUCUCUUCUAACCGUCUUUUUUAAGUCGGUAGGCCAACAGCAGAGCCUAACUUUACUUUCAGUGUUAUCAAACAAAGAGAAAUGUUCUCCCCUCGUUCUAAAUCGAUACUAGAGUACUUCCUUGUUUAUGAAGGAAGCGGUACAUGAGUUGAAGCCGUUGAAGCAGCGCCGCUGUGUGAGUGUUUGACCGAUCAGCGACGGUCAUCUCUGCAAACUUCGCCCCGAAAGUUCCUGUACUUUCAGAAAGUACAACACCCCCGACCAGGGCCUCUUUAGGGGGUAAAAAGGCCCCGAAACUUAAUUUAGACCCUGGUCCCUGCGGUCGAAAUGCAAUGAGUUCCUCAAAAGGUUCUUAGUUCUGGGGGAAAGCUCCUGUGGCGGAAACGGGGCUUCAGAUUGUGCAUUUGAUUGGGCUCAAUGCCAUUUCCAUCCUUCUUGCUUUUUUAAAAAAAACAAUUAUUACAAUAAUAUACUGCUCUUCAUAACGUAAAAUUGAUCUAACAAAAUGUUGCACUUUGAAUAUUUGUUGCUGUAAUAAUAAUAAUCAUUAAGGGUCCUAAAAAUGUAUUUUGUCAAUCAGCCACUUACUAUAAGUGAUGCAAUUGUACAUGAACAAACUAUUUUCUGCCAAAGUUUUAACAGUUUGUUAUUUCAUGAAAUUUCUGUAUUUCUCUGUGCUCUCAGGGGCUUUAAGACACCACACCAUAUAAAUAAUUGUGCUAAAGUUG